CGGGGCCCUGCUUUCACUCUCGUGUGUCUUCCGUGUGUAUUGUCUGUCUCUGGAAUGCCCACUCCAUGGAGCAGGGACCGUGCGUUUCCGGCGCAGUGCAGGCGUCGGGGCGCCCAGGGCCGGGCGCGACACAGUAGGCAGCCCCGUUCGCUGAAUGACUGAAGUCGGCUCCCCGCCCGGGUGAGCGACGCGGCCGCCCGGCCGCUCCGGCAGGGGCGGGGCUUGCCCUGGCCCCGCCUCCGCCCCGCCCCCAGCCCAGCGCGCUCCUCCCCCGCCCCGCCCCGCAGUCAGGCGGGGCCCGGCCUGUGUUUUUCCCCUUCGCCUGCUCGCUCUUUCUGCAGCCGCCGCGAAAACCCGGAGCGGCGCAGCCACCGAGCGGCGGAGCGGCGCGCCCCUCGCGGCACCUCCCCGGCAGCCCUCGGAGGCCGCGCUGGGCAUGCUCAGUCGGAAGGGCCGCUUCAGCUCGCCGAGUAGGAAGCUUGGGCGCUCCGGCUGUAAGGCGCCGCGGCGGGGGGAAAAUGGAGCCCUUCACCAAUGAUCGGCUUCAGCUCCCCAGGAAUAUGAUUGAAAACAGCAUGUUUGAGGAAGAACCAGAUGUAGUGGAUUUAGCCAAAGAGCCUUGUUUACACCCUCUAGAGCCUGAUGAGGUGGAAUAUGAGCCCCGGGGUUCCCGACUGCUGGUGCGGGGUCUUGGUGAACAUGAGAUGGACGAGGAUGAAGAGGAUUACGAGUCAUCUGCAAAGCUGCUGGGCAUGUCCUUCAUGAAUAGAAGCUCAGGCCUUCGGAACAGUGCAACUGGCUACCGGCAGAGCCCAGACGGGGCAUGUUCAGUGCCGUCUGCAAGGACCUUCGUGGUCUGUGCUUUCGUCGUCGUGGUUGCUAUUUCUGUAAUCAUGGUGAUUUACUUACUGCCCAGAUGUACCUUUACCAAAGAAGGCUGCCAUAAAAAAAACCAACCAAUGAAAUUAAUUCAGCCAUUUGCAACAAAUGGGAAGUUGUUUCCAUGGGCACAGAUCAGGCUUCCCACCGCCAUCAUGCCACUACGCUAUGAACUUAACCUACGCCCAAACCUAACCUCGAUGACAUUCAAGGGCUCUGUGGCAAUUUCAGUUCAGGCUCUUCAGGCCACGUGGAAUAUCGUUCUUCAUAGCACAGGUCAUAAUAUUUCAAGAGUGACCUUUAUGUCAGCAUUUUCAAGCCAAGAAAAACAAGUAGAGAUCCUGGAAUAUCCAUUUCAUGAACAAAUUGCUAUUGUUGCCCCCGAGGCCCUUAUAAUGGGGCACAAUUAUACCUUGAAGAUAGAGUAUUCGGCAAACAUAUCUAGUUCUUACUAUGGGUUUUAUGGCACCUCCUACACAGAUGAACAUAAUGAGAAAAAGUACUUCGCUGCAACUCAGUUUGAACCUCUGGCAGCAAGAUCUGCUUUUCCUUGUUUUGAUGAACCAGCAUUUAAAGCCACAUUUAUCAUCAGGAUCGUAAGGGAUGAACAAUAUACUGCUUUAUCAAAUAUGCCUAAGAAGUCAUCAGUCCUUAUGGAAGAUGGACUCAUUCAGGAUGAGUUUUCUGAGAGUGUGAAGAUGAGCACUUACCUAGUUGCCUUCAUUGUGGGGGAGAUGAAGAACCUGAGUCAGGAUGUAAAUGGAACCCUGGUUUCUAUAUAUGCUGUGCCAGAAAAGAUUAGUCAAGUUCACCAUGCUUUGGAAACAACUGUGAAGCUUCUUGAGUUUUAUCAAAACUACUUUGAAAUUCAGUAUCCACUUAAGAAAUUGGAUUUGGUGGCUAUUCCUGACUUUGAAGCAGGAGCAAUGGAAAAUUGGGGUUUGAUCACCUUCCGAGAAGAGACACUUCUGUAUGACAAUAACACUUCUUCAGUGGCGGAUAGAAAACUGGUUACUAAAAUCAUCGCUCAUGAGCUGGCCCAUCAGUGGUUUGGUAAUCUGGUAACAAUGCAGUGGUGGGAUGGCCUAUGGCUAAAUGAAGGUUUUGCUACCUUCAUGGAGUAUUUCUCUUUAGAAAAAAUAUUCAAAGAGCUCUCCAGUUAUGAAGAUUUCUUAGAUGCUCGAUUUAAAACCAUGAAGAAAGACUCCUUGAAUUCAUCUCAUUCAAUAUCGUCAUCUGUUCAGUCUUCAGAACAAAUUGAAGAAAUGUUUGAUUCUCUUUCCUAUUUUAAGGGAGCUUCUCUCUUGUUGAUGCUGAAAACUUACCUUAGUGAAGAUGUAUUUCAACAUGCUAUUGUUCUUUACCUGCAUAAUCACAGCUAUGCAUCUAUUCAAAGCGAUGAUCUGUGGGAUAGCUUCAAUGAGGUCACAAACAAAACGCUAGAUGUAAAGAAAAUGAUGAAAACCUGGACCCUGCAGAAAGGAUUUCCUUUAGUGACUGUUCAAAGAAAAGGAAAGGAACUUUCUGUACAACAAGAGAGAUUCUUUUUAAAUAUGAAGCCUGAAAUUCAGCCUUCAGAUGCAAGCUAUCUGUGGCAUAUUCCACUAUCCUAUGUCACUGAAGGAAGAAAUUCUUCAAAAUAUCAGUCAGUGUCAUUACUGGACAAGAAAUCAGGUGUCAUCAGUCUUACAGAAGAAGUGCAGUGGGUCAAAGUCAACAUAAACAUGGAUGGCUAUUAUAUUGUACAUUAUGCAGAUGAUGACUGGGAAGCACUAAUCAAACAGUUGAAAAUAAACCCUUAUGUUCUGAGUGACAGGGACCGAGCCAACCUUAUCAACAACAUCUUUGAACUUGCAGGCCUAGGCAAGGUACAUCUCCGGAGGGCCUUUGAUUUGAUUGAUUAUCUUGGAAAUGAAAACCAUACUGCACCCAUCACUGAAGCUCUGUUCCAAACAGGCCUCAUCUAUAACCUCCUUGAAAAACUGGGAUACAUGGAUCUAGCCUCAAGACUGAUAGCUAGGGUGUUUAAAUUGCUUCAAAACCAAAUCCAACAACAAACAUGGACUGAUGAGGGCACCCCAUCUACGCGAGAGCUUCGGUCAGUCUUGCUAGAAUUUGCUUGCACCCACAGCCUGGGGGACUGCCACACUGCUGCCAUGAAGCUGUUUGACGACUGGGUAGCAUCCAACGGAACUCAAAGCUUACCUACUGAUGUCAUGACUACUGUGUUCAAAGUGGGAGCAAAAACUGAGAAAGGCUGGUCAUUCCUCUUAAGCAAGUACAUGUCUGUAGACUCUGAGGCAGAGAAGAACAAAAUACUUGAAGCACUUGCCAGCUCCGAGGAUGUACGGAAACUUUACUGGUUAAUGAAAAGUAGCCUCGAUGGAGAUAUCAUCCGAACACAGAAGCUGUCUUUUAUCAUUAGAACAGUGGGCCGACGUUUUCCUGGACACUUACUGGCGUGGGAUUUUGUCAAAGAGAACUGGAAUAAGCUUGUACAGAAGUUCCAUCUGGGGUCCUAUACUAUACAAAGUAUUGUCGCUGGAUCAACUCACCUGUUUUCAACAAAGCCACAUUUAUCUGAGGUCCAGGCAUUCUUUGAGAGUCAGUCAGAGGCAACCUUUCGGCUCCGCUGUGUGCAGGAGGCUUUGGAAGUCAUUCAGCUGAAUAUCCAGUGGAUGGAGAAGAACCUAAAAACCCUGACGUUGUGGCUGUAGCAUGCACAACCGCACCUCGUUUUGUCGCCCAUUCAGAAAGCUUAUAAACUUGGUCUCUGCUGCUUUUGCAAAAGCCAAGGUAAAGCCAGGAUUGCUGCCGAGUUGUUUGCACUCUUAGGAGUUCUAGUUAGCUCAGGGCCCAAUUGUAUUUUUCAUCUGUCUUUUCUGAAAUGUCUUUGGGCAGUAUGUAGUUAUUUAUUACAAAAUGGUAUUCACUUAUAUGCCAACCAUCUACAGAAACAAUGAGCAAUUUUUCUAUUUUGAAGAUGUACAAAUGGGGGAAAAUAUCUGUUUGGGAAUUCAGUUCUAUAUCUCAGUAUCCGGAAAGUUACUGAACACAGUGGAACAAGGAGUGGUCUACCAUAAGAGCCACCAUCUUUGCAGGCUGCUGCUUUGUCAGCCAUUUGUUGCUUCUUAUUGAUAGAUGUUAUUGGAAUGUGGUACAAAGUUAGUAUGAUACAAAGAGUAUGGUAACAAAGACAAUAAAGCAUGCACUGUAGAGAACUGA